GCCGUUCGCAGGAAUGGUUGUGGGAGUGAUGCGGUGUAGUCGCUAUGCUUGGUCGUGUUGGUGGCUGUUCGUGGCGGUCCUCGUGUGCAGCACGGGCGCUGCCGACCUCGAGCAGCAGGUGAAGUUGUUGCAGAAGCAGAUGAACGCGCUGUUGGAGGGCAAGCAAGAGGAGUUCCAGAGUCUCCGAACCGAACUGGGGGGCGGGCAGUCGGAGGUCGCCGCGCUUCGUCAGGAAGUCCAAGAGCUCAGACAGGAGGUGGAGUCGCUGCGCGGCAACCGACAGCGGAACGACCACCUGCGCGUGCAGUGGCUGUCGAGCGCGGUGUCGGAGCUGCGCGCCGAGCUGUCCGAGGUGUCGGAGCGCGAGCGCAACGCCAGCGGCCAGCUGCGGCAGGCCGUGCAGGCGCUCGCCGGCGCCGACGCGCUGCGCGCCGACGCGGCCGAGGCGCGCGCCCACAUGGCGGCGCUGCGCGCGGACGCCGCGCGCGCCCUGGCCAGGGCCGACGGCGCCGCCGACGACGCCAAGCAGGCCGCCGUCGACGCGCACGCCGCCAGCGCCAAGUGCGCCGCCGUCCGCCAGCAGCUGCUGUUGGCGCAAGCGGACUGGAGUGCGACGAUCAAGACUCUGAAGAAGACGCACGUGUCGAGGCACACAACGAAGGUCGAGCACGAAGACGCCAACGACAACGAAGUGCUGCCUCGUGCGCCGUCCGCCGGCCACACCUACGGCAAGGAGAAGGAGGAGCACGCGACGCGCCACCAGCGCGCCCUGCGCCACCAGGUGGCGUCGCUGGAGGCAGCGCAGCGCGCGCUCAAGUCGCGCGUGUCUGGGCUGGAGCGCCGCCUGGAGCGCGCCCGCGCCAACGACUCCAGGACGCACGCGGCCGCCGCCGACCAGCUGCGGCGCUCGCUGCUGGAGCUGCUGGAGGCGGUGGAGGCGCUGCAGGACAAGGUGGACCACGCGCUGCCCGACCUCCAGCGCGAGAUCUCCAAGGCUGAGCUGGCUCACGCGCAGCUCGCCUCCUCCGUCGCCCUCAUCAGGGAGCACCAGGAGAACCAGCGCGCGUCGGUGAAGGCGGUGGCGGGCGGCUUGGCGGCGCUGCAAGACAAGCUGGAGGUUCGCGCCGGCUCUCUGCAGGCGCAGCUGCUCAGCGUCGCCGCCCUCGUCAACAACACGGCAGCGGCCGCGGCGGCUGCCGGCGCCAACGGCAACAGCAGCGGCGGCGGCGGCGGCGGUGGCGGCAGCUGCGCAUGCGCCAGCGACCGUGACGACCUGCAGGACGCGCGCCUCGACGUCGUGGAGGCCCGCCUGCAGGUGGAGAACGCGACGGCCAACUACGUGCUGGGAGCCAGCGGCAGCGGAAGCGGCAACGACAGCGGCGUGGUGCAGCUGGUGCAGCAGCUGACGGCCGUGCAGAGGGACUACCGCCGCAUCGUGGCCGGCCUGCCCAAAGACUGCUCGGCGGCGGCGGCGGGCGACGCCUCCGGCCUGCAGCUGCUGAGCCCGGACGGGCUGUCGCGGCCGCUGCUGGCGUGGUGCGACCGCGGCUGGACCGUCGUGCAGCGCCGCGUCGACGGCUCCGAGGACUUCAACCGCCGCUGGCAAGAGUACGCCGCCGGCUUCGGCUCACCCGCCGGCGAGUUCUGGCUGGGGAACGAAGCGCUGCACCGGCUGACGGCGGCCAACUGCUCCAGCCUCCGCGUCGACCUACGCGACAUCUACGGAAAGCGCUGGCACGCCGAGUACGGCGAGUUCCACGUGGGGCCGGCGUCGGACGGCUACCGCCUGCACGUGGCCAACUACCGCGGCAACGCCAGCGACGCGCUCGAGUACCAGCAGCGCAUGCAGUUCUCCGCCAUCGACCGCGACCUCGACAUCAGCAACACGCACUGCGCCGCCAACUACGAGGGCGGCUGGUGGUUCUCGCACUGCCAGCACGCCAACCUCAACGGCCGCUACAACCUCGGCCUCACGUGGUUCGAUGCGAGCCGCAACGAGUGGAUCGCCGUCGCCUGGUCCGAGAUGCGCGUGCGCACCAGGGAGGGGUGCCACGCAGGCGCAGACGUAGACGCCACCGCAGCGCCUCUGGCCUUGGAGGACGACGCGGGAGAGGACUCGCAGUCGCCACCACCGACCGCUGCUGCUGCGUGAUCCUGAGGGGCACUGGCGAACAGCGACUGAUGGGCUGGGCAAGCGACAAGUGAUUGCUCUCUCUCUUCAUGUAUGGAUGUGCGCCUACGGUAUACCUCACACUUACCCUCGGAGGAGUCGUUAGUGAAACCCGACCCUAAUGUAUCUCACUGUUAUAGCCUUCCCGAGAUGAUGCGAGUCACAACAGCGAGCCCAGCACCAAUGUAUUGAAGGAGAAUGAGAGGCUGAAAGUGUUGGUGCCCUGAUUGACCACUAAGAUGCCGUACCUUUUGUGGCUAAAACUGGUUACCUUUUACGUGGUUUCAGAUGACAGCUGUCCUGAAAGACAAAAUGACGAAUACUUGGAAUGGAAGUCGACUGUUGCUCCCAAUAAUUUUGAAUGAAAUCCCACAUAGUGUCUGCCAUUGCCAGAGAGUCGUUGAGUAUGUUGUAUGCUUCUUCAUGUGUUUGUGUGUGUGUGUUGGUAGGGGGGGGGGGGGGGUGAAGGUGGACAGUGCACAGACAUCUUGUCAUCAACUCUGUGUGCUGGUGGAAUACUGAUAGUCAAGUAGACCUUAACAACAUUUGUACAGUGUAUAUUUCUGAAGUUUACUCUUAUAUUGCCACGUGUGCAGUCGGCACAUAUUUACCAAAGAAAGAGUUUCUGCACAGAAUGGACAUAAAUCCAAACAACUGAAACUUAUGUUUUCAUUGUAAACAACAGAUACAUGUUGCAAUGUGCCCAUUCCUCUUAGCAAAAGCUACACUUUGCAGAUUCUUCAACAGUCACAUUCACACGCCCACAUCUUCAAUUACUGAGAAGAAGUGGAAACCAGAAAUUACUUUUAUUCUGUGAAAUAUUUUAGUGUUACCAUAUUAUUCAUUUCAAAUAUACUCUUCUUGCAUAUUUCUGUAGUACUCCAGUAAUUUAAUAUGGAGACACAUUACAAAGAUUUCUCUAUCCUAUUGUUUUUGAUCAAACACUUUCCCAAUCAGUUCAACUCUAGAAUUCAGUAUCCUUGGUGUCAUAUGAGAGACUGUAAUUUAUUAAUCAAUUUUAUAUGUGCUGUCAAUUUUUUUAUUUGUAUUUAUGUUUAUUUUCUAGUCCUAGACUGAAAUAUAUUGCUUUCUUAAAUGUGUUGGAUUGGGAAAAUCCCACCGAUAAUGGGACCAACCCCAAGAAACGUUAGCAGUGCAUCAGUGUGGUAAACACUGCAUCACUAUUCCACUACAGGAAUUGCCAUCAAUUGUUUGUGUUGAGAGUUUUACACACUUUUAACUAUUUUUGAUGUGUUCAUGUUUGUAAACCAUCCACUAUUUUAGUGACUCAAAAAUCUUGGACCAGUAACUAUAUUAUAUCUGUAUGGCAUUUUUAUCCUUCAUCAGAGAUUCGGUUGGACACACUAUGAUCUCACAGUUUGAUUAUAUGCAGUGCAGUUCCUUUAUUUAUAUCUUUGUUUAAGUUAAGUAGUUAACCCAUCUGUGUGAAUAUGCACCAUAAUAUUAUGUGUUAGUUGUAGAUUAAAAUGCCUGCCUGUUGCCAAAGAUAGUUAUGAGAGAAAAUCUUCUUAGUAACAAUAAAAAAAAUAUUACUAACACAAUUUAUGUGUCUGUAAAUCUACUGUAAUAAAAGACAAGCUGACUGUUUAAAUAUGUUGUAAAUUAUAUUAGUGAAAUACAUGGGCAUUAUAUCCAAAGAGAACUGUAAUUUGCCACAGAAAAGUGGCAGCAGAUGUGUCAGGGUACCGUUCUGGUAUUAUAAUCUGAUAUUACAUCUAGGUCCAAAGUAUAUUACAAAUUGCUCUGUGAAUAUAAAGAGAAUGAAAACCCACUUCAUGCAAAAUGUACUACUGAAGUGUUGAGUAUCUUAUUACUGUUCAAUAAAUUAAUGCUGAGAGCGUCAGAUAAUUUUAGAAUUAAGGCUGUGAGCAAAAGAUGUUUAAAUGUGAGAGCUUGUUUCAUGAAAAGCAUUUAGGUUUAGUGUUGCUAGAGGAUGAAUGUUUUGCAAACCCAUCAUUUGUACUGAUGGCUGUGUGCUGCAAAGGAAUUUAUUAUUGUUAGAUAGAUUCUGUCUAAAUGAUAAGAUGACAAAAAUAAUCAGCAUAUAAUGAUCUGCUAAUGUGAAUAUAUGUGUAUACUAUUAUAUAUGCAGACUUAAUGGAAAGAAAAUUUUAAAAAAAGUUGUGGCAGUUGGUGAGAAUUAUCUUGGUAUCUUGUAUUUAAAAUUGUUGUAUGAGUGUGCUGUAGUCAUUUAUUUGAUCAGGAGGAGCAAAUUGUAUCCUCCUUGAUUACUGGGUCACAAUGAGCUUCAUUGCCAGAGCUCUACUGAAUGACCAUAGUCAAUAUUUUGGUGUAAAUAUCCAGAACAUUAGGAAUAGUCACACAUAGGUAAUCAUUGUAUGUUAGAAUGUUUGUAUGUGUAAAUAUUGUUUGUUACAAGUGCUUUACAUACAAAUAUGAUAAUCUGUUCAACAGUAAUACAACAAUUACUGAGACCUGUAUAUAAUUGUAUGAAAUUAUCACACAGUUUAAUAUUAAAAACAUGAAAUAUGCA